CCCAUUUCCAGCAAGAUGCCUUAUUUUGCAAAACUCCUUUUGUUAAUCUUCUGCUUAGUUCUUCUUGUGGAAAGCAGAAAACACAGGAGGAGGAGGUGGACAAGCCAGCUGGAUGUGCAGAGGGCAAGUCACAUCUUUAAGAAGAACCAUGACUUGACCAAAGCUUGGAAAGGAAAGACAGAACAGCUUCUCAGAGUCGAUGAACAUGACUUCACCAUGCGGCCAGCUUUUGGAGGCCCUGCAAUUCCUGUUGGGGUGGAUGUGCAAGUUGAAAGCUUGGACAGUAUUUCUGAAGUUGACAUGGAUUUCACUAUGACCUUAUACUUAAGGCACUACUGGAAGGAUGAGCGUCUCUCCUUUCCCAGCACCAACAACAAGAGCAUGACCUUUGACGGCAGGCUGGUGAAGAAGAUCUGGGUCCCUGAUGUCUUCUUUGUGCAUUCCAAGAGGUCCUUCAUUCAUGAUACCACCACAGACAACAUCAUGCUGCGAGUGUUCCCUGAUGGUCAUGUCCUCUACAGCAUGAGGGUCACAGUGACAGCAAUGUGCAACAUGGACUUCAGCUGCUUCCCCCUGGACUCUCAGACAUGUUCUCUGGAGCUGGAAAGCUAUGCUUACACUGAUGAAGAUCUGAUGCUGUACUGGAAAAAUGGGAAUGAAUCUCUGAAAACUGAUGAAAAGAUUUCUUUGUCUCAGUUUUUGAUACAAAAAUUCCACACUACAUCAAGACUGGCUUUCUACAGUAGCACAGGUUGGUACAAUCGACUCUACAUUAACUUCACUUUACGUCGACACAUCUUCUUCUUCUUGCUCCAAACUUACUUCCCUGCUACCCUCAUGGUCAUGUUGUCCUGGGUGUCCUUCUGGAUUGAUCACCGAGCAGUUCCUGCCAGAGUCUCUUUGGGGAUAACCACUGUGCUGACCAUGUCCACGAUCAUCACUGGGGUGAAUGCUUCCAUGCCUCGUGUUUCCUACAUCAAAGCCGUGGACAUUUACCUGUGGGUCAGUUUUGUGUUUGUCUUCCUCUCGGUGUUGGAAUAUGCAGCUGUGAAUUACCUGACGACGGUGCAAGAGAGGAAGGAGAGGAAACUCCAGAAGAGGUUUUCAUGUUCGUGCGGAAUACCUCACUCGAAAACUAUGAUGCUGGAUGGAAACUGCAGUGAAUCUGAUGCCAACAGCCUGGCAGGAUAUACAAGAAACCAGAUGGUACCAGAAGAAGAAAAACAAGAAAAGAUAGUUGUGCAUUUGGCUAUGAGCAAUGAAUCUAAUUCAUCAAGGAAGAGAGGCCUGAAGGGUCAUGUGGGCUUGCGCAUCAUCCAGAACACUCAUGCAAUUGAUAAAUACUCAAGAUUAAUAUUCCCAGGCACCUAUAUAUUUUUUAAUUUGAUAUAUUGGUCUGUCUUUAGCUAA